GUGACACGCCUCCUCUUCAUGAGAGGUGACUGAUGGAAGAGAAAGAGAAUGUGUUCCUUUCUUCCUCGCUAACAAUAGAAGACCCUGAUAUAUUAGUCGAUCCAGAAGAGCAGAGAGCCUUCUACAGUUUCGUGAGGGAAUGCGUGAUUAGUCUCCUCUUGUGCAUGUGUGUGUACAUCUGUGGCUACUCAAUUGUUAAAUAUUUCAAGAAAGCAAAAGAGAGUGGAGCCUUAAAUAAUGAACAAGAUGCCAUAGUGUACAAAAUAACUACGAUAUUGUGUGCAGUUGCUGUUUCUGUUAGUCUAAGUUCGGUCAUUCUUCUCCCUUCCUCUAUCAUCAGUAAUGAAAUACGUCACAUAUAUCCAAAUACAUCAUACAUCAGGUGGCUAGAUACUUCACUCGUAAAAGGUUUGUGGAAUUUGGUAUUCCUGGGCUCUAAUGUAUGUUUGUUCCUGUUGCUACCGUUUGCUUACUUUUUCUAUGAAGCUGAAGGACUUCCUGGAACAAAAAAGGGUAUUAUGUCUCGGGUGUAUGAAGCAAUAAUAGUCUUACUAAUGUUAGCUCUCUUAGUCAUUGGAACUGUUUGGGUUGCUGAUUCACUUACCCUUCACAUUCACAGCAUGUCCUUCUACUUGAUGGACAUCAAAGGUCUAGUAUUAUACAUACCCAUACUCUAUUCCUGUAUGUCAAUGAUUGGUGUACUGAUUACUAGCAUGUGCACUCCCAUUGGUUUCUCUAAUCUCUUCACACUCCUUGGCACUAUCAUAGUACAACCUGAACUUCAUAUUGAUGUUGACCAGAGGCUUGAGAGCUUGCGCCUUGAAGAAGCUUCAAUUAAAAGAUCAUCUUCUCUUACUGGUAGCAAUUCAUCCUUAGCAUCUAGUAAGACAAGACAGUCCCUAGUUGAUCUUUAUGAAGAAAAGAAAAGAUUAGAGCGUCAUCGUCGCUCAUCAGCUUGGGAGAGACACAUACUCUAUCCUCUUUGCUUCUUUUCCCUUCUGGCUCUCACUCUCUUCUCUCUUGUUCUUGUAUUCUUUAAUGUCCUCUCUCUUCUACUUCUCUCAGAACACUCACCCAAAGGAGCUCAAGAGCACAUAUAUAGCCUGGGAGAGAAAUCUGCCUCUUAUCUUGGGCCAUUGGGUGCACUAGUGGAAGUCAUACUCAUUGUUUACAUGACAGCUGCCAGUUUAUUGGGAUUCUUUAAUACUCCACUGCUGAGGAGACUAAGACCACGACCAGGCGAUACCUCCAUGAUAAAGAUUAUCAUUAACAGCAUCAUAUUGCUGAUACUAAGUUCUGCCAUGCCAGUAGUUGUUCAAGUUUUAGGAAUCACGAAAUACAAUCUUUUUGGGCACUUUAGCAGUAUAGCGGUCCUUGGAAACUUUUGGCUACUAUUAUGCUACAACGUCACGUUCAUCUCUUUAACCACAUUGAUACUCUUCACACGAGCGACACAGUCAAUAGUUAAGGAAGUUACUCUUCUUUUUCGGAACAGGAUCACUUCUCUAAGCAUAUUUAGCUCAUCCAGAAGCAAGAUGAAGUAUCAUACUGAAUGAUUCUUUUAAAGAGAACGUUUUCAAUGGUGUGUCUUAGGCAGGGCCGGACGAGUGAUAAUCAAUUCUUCUCAAAUUAUUCUUUCUUCCUCUUUCUCCUCCUUCCCUUCAUCCCUUGCGCCUUUUGAACUUCUCACUUAAUUUAUUUUUAAAAUUAAAUUAAAAUUUUACUACAUGUACACGUGUAUGUAUUUGAAAAAUUAUUAAUUUAUUGAUUCACUGUUCACAACUAUUAUUGUUUAUUUUCCUCUGUCAUGGCAGUGCUUUUGUCAAUGAAAGAGUCACUUUGGCCUACUUU